GCGGGGAGCCCCGGCGGGCGGGGGGUGUGUCGGCCGCGCGCUCACGCCCUGUAACCGCCAGUCGCGGCCGUGACCGCGGCGGCGCGCUGGGGCCCCUGGAGGUGCGCGGGGUUGAGCCGAGGGCAGGGGGCGGCGGCAGCGGCCGGGCGCGCACUCGGGCUGCCCGCUGUGGCUACUGCCGCCAGAACCAUGUACCGCAGCGGCCCCCGCGUCUCGGGCUCGUCGCACCGGCCUAAGGACUGUGGCGGGGGCGACUCUCGUCCUGGCCGCGGCGGCCCCGGCUACUCGUCAGGCCCAGCCCGCCGCGCCUCACCGCCGCCGCCCUCCUGCGCCCCCGCGCUGCGGACCCCGGCGCGUCGGCCCCGCUCGCCCCCUGCGCACCGCAGCCGCCGGGCCUCGCCGUCCCCUCCCCGCAGCCGCCGCAGCUCCCCGUCCCCUCCGCGGGGCCGCCGACUUUUUCCUCCGGGCCCGGGAGGCUUCCGAGGCAGCAAUCGCGGCGAGCCCCGCGACGAUUUCUCCCGGGACGGCCGCGGGAACCACGCCGGCGACAGCGGCAGCCGGAGACGCUCUCCUGGUCUGCAUUCUGACUCUUCUGUGGAACAGAGCUUAAGGAUCACUGUUGGCAAUGACCACUUUUGUGUUAGCACACCAGAACGGCGACGCCCUAAUGAUCGACAGGGGUCACCAGUGGAUAAUUUAGAAGACAUGGACAGGGAUGAUCUGAUAGAUGAUUCUGUCUUCACUCGGCGCUCCCAGUGCUCUCGGGGUCUUGAGAGAUAUAUUUCCCGGGAGGAGGGGCCUCUUAGUCCCUUCUUGGGACAACUUGAUGAGGACUACAGAACAAGAGAAACUUUCCUGCAUCGAUCUGAUUAUAGUCCUCACAUCAGUUGUCAUGAUGAGCUGUUGCGGGGAACAGAACGGAAUAGAGACAAACUGAAAAGCUCCUACUCUGUACGAUCUGAAGACAGGAGCCGAGAGGCUAAAAGGCCCCGUUAUGACGAUACAGAGAAGAUACACAGCAUGGGAGGGGAUCACUCAGCUUUUACAUCGGGGACUCGAAACUAUCGGCAGCGUAGACGUAGCCCAAGUCCUAGGUUUCUAGACCCUGAGUUUCGAGAGCUGGACCUUGCCAGGAGAAAGCGAGAGGAAGAGGAGCGAAGUAGGAGCUUGAGUCGGGAGCUGGUGGGAGAAGAUGAUGGUGGCAGUAGCUGUUCCAUUCCUGGAUUAUCAGGUGCCCUGACAGCUUCGGAGCCCAAAUAUUCUUUGCAUCGGCCUGAGGAAGUGUCUGUGAUGCCCAAGAAGUCCAUUUUGAAGAAGCGGAUGGAGGUGGACAUGGAGUCUUCUGUGCAGCUUGGUGGUUUUUCCAGCAGCACCAGCACUAGCCAGGAUCACCCUGGGUACUCUGGACAUUCAUCUCUUCCACUAAGUGGUGCUAUUACAGCUUUUGCCUCAGAAAUUGAAGACAAGGAGACAACAGUAGAGUCUGCCCUGAAGGAACCUCAGGGCAACCACUACCAAUGGGGUCCUCUCCCUGCUGUGCCUAAAGACAGCAGUCCUCUCAGAGAAAAAUUUGGAAGCUUUCUGUGCCACAAGGACAAACUGGAUUUGAAGGCUGAGGGACACACAGAUUUCUUACUGCCUCAUGAGAGAGCUAGCCAGGAUGGAAGUGGGUUUUCCCGCAUUCUAAGCAUGUUGUCAGAUUCUACCAGCACACAAGAGAAAAGACGUCGAAGCUUCCCUGAUAUUGAAGAUGAGGAGAAAUUUCUCUAUGGGGAUGAAGAAGAAGACUUGAAGGCAGAGUCCCCACCAAAAGCCUCUGGGGGAUCUGAGAGUGAGGUUAUAAGGCAGAAGGCGAGCUCUCUCCCCUCUUCAUCUCCAGCUAUAAAGCUGGAAUCUCUAGAAGAGACCAAUCCUGAAUAUGCCAAGAUUCAUGACUUGCUAAAGACUAUAGGGCUGGACAUUGGAGUAGCGGAAAUUAGUCAACUGGCUGUGCGCACUCAGGAGCGACUUCAUGGCAAGAAGCCGUCCCCACGCUCCACAACUGACAGGCGUUCCUCUGUUGACCGACACUUUCCAGCAGACCGUUCCUCUGUUGACCACCGUUUCUCGGUUGAACGGUGCUCUUCAGAUCCCCACAGACUGGAUGACAGGGAGGCACAUCAUGGCAAUGCACACUCCCCAGAGGGGUCCCAUCCACACUCAGCCUCCUUGAUAGAGCCUUACCUACUCACAAAACACAGCCCUCCUUUCCUAAAAUCUGACCAUCCAGUGGGUCAUAUUUCAGGACCCAAGGUAGUUGGCGGUGGGUUUCAGUCAGCUGUUGCAGUCAGGUGUAUGUUGCCCUCAUCAUCGUCUACCCCAAUUAGGCAUCCCCACUCUGCUUCAUUAUCUCAGUUUCAUGUGCCACAGGCCUCUCAGUUUGCUGCAGCUCAGAUACCUCCAAAUUACCAGGGACCAGCCAUCCCUGCUGCCUCCUUUGAUGCCUAUAGGUCCUACAUGGCCUAUGCAGCUGCAAGAUGGCCCUUGUACCCUGCCUCUCAGCCAGCAACCCCCCUUCUACCUGAGCUACACAGAAUAAUGCCACUAACCAAACAAGCUUCUCGGAGCCGUCCCAACCUCCGUGUGAUUCCCACUGUGACUCCUGACAAGCCCAAACAGGAGGAGUCAGUGCCAGACUCAGUUCCUGCUGCCCAAGUGCCUGUCCAGGUGUCCAUCCCACCACUCAUCAGAUACAACCCAGAGAAGAUCUCCGAUGAGAAGAAUCGUGCUUCCCAGAAGCAGAAGGUUAUUGAAGAAAGGGAAAAACUGAAGAGUGAUCGGGAAGCUCGCCAGAAGAAAAUGUACUAUCUCAGAACUGAGUUGGAGCGGCUACAUAAACAGCAAGGGGAGAUGCUGCGCAAGAAGCAAAGGGAGAAGGAUGGGCACAAAGACCCGCUUCUGGUGGAGAUGAGUCGGCUACAGGAUAACAUCAUGAAAGACAUUGCAGAGCUACGGCAGGAAGCAGAAGAGGCAGAAAAGAAGCAAUCUGAACUUGACAAAGUGGCUCAGAUCUUGGGAAUUAACAUUUUUGAUAAAUCUCAGAAAUCUUCAAAUGACAGUAAAGAGCCUACUGAGAAGCUUGGGAAAGCAGAAAAAUCUAAGAGCCCUGAGAAAGUAUCAGCCUCUUCAAAGUCUUCUGGCAUUAAGGAACCAAAGAUAAACCAUGAUAAGUCCCGUAUUAAGAGUCCUAAGCCUGCUGAAAGCCCCCAGCCACCUGUUAAGCAGUGUGAUCAGCCCAUUGCUGGUUAUGAGUAUUAUGAUGCUGGCAACCAUUGGUGCAAAGGCUGCAGUAGCAUCUAUGGGACCAUGUUUGACUUCUUCACCCACAUGCACAAUGAAAAGCACACACAGACACUGGAUCCCUACCACAGACCUUGGGCUUCAAAGACCCAGAGUGAAGCCAAGGAAGAUGCUGUAAAGCGUACUGACAAGAUAACUAUUCCUGCAAAAGGCUCUGAGUUUCUGAUUCCUACCACUGGAUUUUACUGCCAACUCUGUGAAGAAUUUUUGGGGGAUCCAAUUUCUGGAGAGCAACAUGUGAAGGGUCACCAACACAAUGAGAAAUACAAGAAAUAUGUGGAUGAAAAUCCAUUGUAUGAGACAAGGCGGAAUCUGGAGCGGCGGAAUCUGGAGCGGCGGAAUCUGGACCGCCAGCCUAACCCAUUUGCUGUGGUCUUAGAGAAGGAACGGCGACGGCAAAAUGAGCUAAAGCGCAAACUUAGGGAGAAACAAAAAGAGGAGAAAGAAAAAAAGGCGAAGGUUGUGAAAGAAACAAAGGAGAGUGACAAGAUCUGUAUGGAAUUAGAAGAUCAAGUCCCUGAGUGUUGGAACUCCCCUGAAAAAGCUGAAAAUAAAAGGAAUCUGAACAUCAAACUCCAAUUAAAAGAAGAGGUGAAGAAAGAAUCACCAUUAUCAUCAUCUUUUGGGAAAUUCAGUUGGAAGAAGUCAGAAAAAGAAGAGGAAAAGAGUUCAGAGGUGACCUCAAGUAUCCUUAAAGAAGAGAUUGUGGAAAGUAGUAAGGACAAAGAAGAUGGCAAAGCUGAACCUGGAAAGUCGAAACCCAUCAAAAUCAAGCUGUCUGGGAAAACUGUUGUUGCACAUACCAGCCCAUGGAUGCCUGUUGUGACAACUUCAACGCAGACUAAAAUCCGACCCAACUUGCCUAUUCCAUCCACAGUGCUCCGCAAGUCAGGUUCAGCUACUGUGAGCAAGCCUGCUCCUCUUAACACCUUUCUGUCCAUCAAGUCCUCUGGAACCACUGCUAAACCUCUGCCAGUUGUUAAAGAGUCUUCAGCUGAUCUCCUCUUGCCUCCAGACAUCAUCUCCAAAGCUUUUGGAGGAGAAGAGGUGAUUCUAAAAGGGUCUCCAGAGGAAAAAGUGCUGGCUGAGAAGAAUGAUCCAUCCCAUGUACCUGAGCAAAUGUUGCCACCACCACCACCACCACCACCUCCUCCCCCACCUCCUCCCCCACCACCACCUCCACCACCCCCAGUUGUAUCUCAUCCCACUGCUCCAGCUCCUGCUCAAACAAAUGUGGUCUUGACUCCAGGAAAAUCAAACUCAGCUGUUUCUCAGACUCUCAGUUCUGGCUUCCUGGGUCCUAACAUCUUGAACCCAGUAUUGCCUGUAGCCUUCAAGGCUUCAGCACAGCCAGCUGCCAUUCCUUCUGAUGAGACAGCUCCUGGGGUGAGUGAGAGUGACUGGGACCAGACCCUGUUUUCUAUGUUAGUGCGUCCUCCUCCACCCCUCUCAAGUGUGUUCAGUGAACAGGCCAAAAAGGUAGAGAAGCGAAAUUCAUGCUUAGCCACAGCUAAUGCUAAGGAUUUGUAUGAUAUAUUCUAUAGCAGUGGUGGAAAGGGGGCCUCUGAGACUAAGUUGAGUAGUGGUCCAUUGGCUAAUGGGGAAAAUAGCCACCUUUCUAAAACUGAAAAUUCAUAUACCUCUUCCACUUUUCCCCUGACUAGCAGUGCAUCUCAGAAGGAGAUGCCUCAAGACAGAGGCUUGGUUCCUGCUCCUAUAGUUAGGAACCAUGAAAAUCCCAUUGUAGAAACUCUGAUGUCUAUAGGAAAACAGUCUGUUGUAAAAGAAAUAGACUCAAAAAGCAGAGACAGUAGCUAUAGCUUCUUACAGCCUCUGACAAGGUUGUGCCAAAACAGGCCUUAUAAAACUACUUCUCUAAAGACAGGUACUUCAACCAUGUGGACUAAUAGCUCUUUUCAGAGUGAUGCUGAUAGGGAUCUAGCUUCAAAGAAGCAAACUGAACUUGACUUGGAAGAGCCAGGACCACCUGGUGUAGACCUGAAUUCUCAGUCAUCAGGUACACACUGUCAUACCAAGGAAUCUCAGAAAAUGGUAGUUCACCUCAUAGAUUCUGGUGACCAAGAAAAGGAAAGCCAAGAACUCCAUAGCUGUAAGGAUUAUGGAAAAAGUGAAAUAGAGACAAACAUUGAAUUAAAAGGAAGGGUAGUUAAAGAGGGAGCAAGUACUAGCUGUGGACCCCAUAGCACAGAAGACUCUAACUUGAACCAUGAGAACAGAUACAUGUGGGAGGGAGAAGUAAAACAACCAGAGUUGCUAAUGAUUGACAGAGAGGCUGAACAGUCUAAGAAAUUAGUGACAGGAUGUGAAACUCCAAGUCAGGUAUGGGCUCUUUCUUCUACAGAAACAAAAAUAGAUUCAUUUUCAUCAGAAGGUAGGUUUUUACUUCAGAAUCCACAAGAUAAGCCAGGGAAGAUUUCCACCCCAGAGUUGCUUCUUCAGUAUCCAUCAAGACCAGAUACAUAUUUAACAGAAAAUCCCCAGGAACAAGGAGUUUCAGGUGGUAGUGAAGAAUGGUUAGAAAAUUCAACUCUGGAAUCAGCUUCCAGAACUUCUAAGUAUGGAAGUCUCAAAUUCCAAAGAGAAAGAUCAAAAGAUUUUCAAGGUAAAAUGAUCUAUGAGUUGGCUGUUUGGGAUGAGAACAAGAGCCUAGAGAAACCCAAAGUAGAAACUGUGAAGCUUCAAGAUGUUCACCCAGAAUUAACAACAACAUUAGAAAGCAAGGCCUUAGCAGACCUUCAAGCUACACACUUAAAGGAGCUUGCAGCUCGGGGGAAUCUGGCAGAUACACGCAUUGAUUUCUGUGAUACUCACUUAGACCCAGAACACAGACCCCUGACUACCCAAUCUCGGAAAGCAUCUGAAGAAAAUUCUGUAUCUCCUACAGGGUAUAAUCCCUCAACCUCUAGUGACUUUGAAGCAGUCUCAUCUUUUUCUGGGUUUCCAUUAGAUUCUCCCCAAACCCUGGUGCUUAAUUUUGCAACAGAAGGUGAACAUAAUUCCUCUAACUCCACAAGUGGGAGGAUUACUUCUCCCAACAUUUUGAAAACUGGACUUCCUAUAGAAAAUGUUGACCGUGGCUUGGGCAGCCUAGAGAGAACACAUCAGGCCCUUGACCUGUUGUCAGGGGGAAGGCUGCAUGAAGAAGCAGAAGAAAUGUCCCAGUUACAGAAGCAAGAGUCACUCGGGUUGGAAUCAGAAACAAUUAGCCCUGUAGGCCUUGGACCAUCUCAUUGCCUUCCAGAUCUUGUUGACUUUGUCUCACGGACAUCUGGCAUUCUGAAAGAGAAAAUGAGUUCUCCAUUCUGUGAUCCAGAUGACCCUCCUAAGUGUAGCUCCUUGGAGAUGGGACCACUACAGCUAGAAAUCCCAAAUGUCUCCAUUACAGAGAUAGCAGUUCUUCAAGAAGAUGAAGAUAAUGACAACCCUUUGAAUUUGGUCAAAACUCCAGCUUCAGGGUCCCCUUCGGGGAAGCAGGUGGUCGGAGGCAGUAUCAUCCCUCAGGAAAUGACUGAUGAGGAAGCUGCAGUCAGUCCCUUCCAGGACCACACAGAAUCCAGUGUUCAUGACUAAACACCCAGGGCUCCUUGUGGAUGAACCAAAUUGGCUUCUAGAAAUUGGAUGCCCAGGUGACCCAAGAUUGUCAGCAAUCUCAUCUAGAACCUACACCAUGAGAUGUAGUCAACUUCUUACAGUAAAUAUUUAUGAAAGCUAAAAAAUGUACCUCCUUUCCUCCCCCCCCCCUUAAAAUAUCAGGCAAAUCAAUCAUAUAUAUAUCUGUAAAAAAAAAUUCUGUUAAUGUUUUUUAUCUUUUGGCCAAAUUAUUUUCUCCUACUUUGUCAUUAAAGUCAAAUGUCUUAUCUGUUCACAAGUGUGCUCUGAUUGUAUUUUGGCUUUGAUGUUGCCAUUUGUAGAGUAUGAGGGAGUGGGGAAAACCAGAGAACUGACUUUUCCAAUUACUGUGUUGUCUUCCUACUAAAAUUCCUGGGCAACUGAUGGAUGUCUGGGAGAGACACCAGAAAGCUACUGACAAAGGAAGAAUUGUUCAUCUCUUAGGCUUCUGUUUGGAUGGGCCUGCUUAACAUUGUUUGAAAUGCAGCGUGAGUAGCCCCUUUGUUUAUUGUUUAUUUCCUUCCCUAUUGGCAUGUCACCUCCCAUAUUUCCCUUCUUACUCUUGCUGUUGCUUGAGAUGGUCCUGAUGGCCCACAAACCUAUUUGGAAAUGGCCUCAGUAAACAUGGAAAGAAAAUCUGGCAGACUUACAGAAGACAGCAAAUCGGUAAGGCUCAUUCAUUGCAUGGCCCGAUACCAGAAGCAGAUAUGUUUUUGGGAAAUUGCUUUCAUUCUUUAAAUUACAUUUGCUCAUUGUACUGUGCUCCAAUAAUACUUUGUGUUAAAUUGUUUAGCAACCAUUUGUGUUCUGAAGAGGCAGAAGACCUAAAACUUGUCUUGAGAUUGAACUCAUUCUGUUCCACAAAUCUGUAUGUAUCCCCCUUCCUCUACUUCUCCCUUUCCCAAAUUAUUUUCACCAGUGUGAUGUUUUUGGUUGUACAUUUGUUAAAAAUAUUAAAGAGUUUAUAAGUUGGCUUGA